AUGAGUGCAAAAUACUUGCCAAAGAACAACCCGACGGUAUCCUUUUGGUUAAAUCACGAUGAUCCCUUCUUGAAGCAUAGAUCUGGCCCGCAGAUACCGGAUGAGGUGGAUGUGGUGAUUAUAGGCUCUGGGUACUCAGGAACCUCAACUGCGUACCAUCUACAAGAGCAGAAUGGCCAGUUGAAGAUUGCCAUGUUUGAAGCCCGUGAUAUCUGCUCUGGUGCCACAGGCCGUAAUGGAGGUCACAUCAAGCCAUAUGGCCAUCGGAUGUACGAGUAUUACGCACAAGCUGUUGGAGAGGAGCAGGCAGCAGAGAUCGUUAACUCUGAGUUUGAGCAUCUGUGGACGUUGAAGAAGAUCAUCGAGGAUAACAGCAUAGACUGCGACUUCUUCCUAACCAGAGCCUGUGAUGUCUAUCCUAAUAGUGAGGAUCCCAGAGUGAAGAAGGACUUGGCCGGGUUCUACGCAAUGUUGAGGAACCCCCUGGUGAAGGAUGAGUUCAAGAGGGAAAUUCAACUGCUCACUGGUGAUGCUGCUAAGCGAGCUUCAAAGAAUGAGAGAACGGAAAUGGCAUUCACGUACCCUGCGGCCUCUUGCUGGCCAUGGAAGUUGAUGACUGGGAUCUUAAAGAAAUGCGUUGAUAGAGGUCUGAGCUUACAUGCCAAUACACCAGUGGUUAGUGUGCAACAGUAUCAAGGUAAGAGAUGGAUCGUGAAGACCACAAGAGGUAGUACUAUCUGCUCUAAAGUUGUUUACUGUACCAAUGGCUACACCAAGGCUUUGCUGAAAGAGUUCAGCGAUACAAUAUUACCCGUCAGAGGAGUCGUUUCAAGUUUGACACCAUCAACUGGGCAAGUUGUACCACACCUUACAAAUACCUAUGGUUUCAUGACUGAUAAACCACAGAACUAUUACCUCAUCAAUAGAUUGGAUGGCACCGUUAUAGUUGGCGGGCAUGGUGAAUCUCUCUUCACGGAGACGUCAGAUCCUUUUGAACAAGUGUUGGAUUGUGUCGAUGAUAGCUUUGUCAAUGCAAAGUCAUUCUCUGUCUUCAACAAGAACUUCAUGAAGGACAAGUUCGUCACUUGGAAGAAUACACAGAUUGGCGACGUUAAGCUCUGGACAGGCAUAAUGGGAUUCACUAAUGACUAUUUACCUUAUGUCGGUGGACUGGAGUGUUUAGGCUAUACGAACGCAUACAUAGUUGCUGGGUUCCACGGACACGGUAUGCCUAGAGUCUGGCUUUCAGGUAAGGCCAUUGCAUCUUGUAUCGUGCAAGAUAAGCCAAUUGAGGAGAUUGAGUAUACGUGUCCUAGAGCAUUCUUCUUGACGCACCAAAGAGUACAGCAUGAGAACUUAUACAGGCAGCAUUUAUACGCAAAGUAUAACUUCAAGCCCAAGCUCUAG